AUGAAGAUUCGUUAUUUUUUGUCUCUUUUUUUAUUUUAUGCAACUUAUAAGCAUACAACAAAUAUUGUAAAAUGUGACGCAUAUAGUGAUUUAGCAGCAACCACUGCUUUGUCAACUGUUAUUAGAGACCCCCUUAGCAUGAGUUUAAAAGAUCUAUAUGAUCACGGUGUUAAAGUUCCAAUAACAGAUAUAAUAAAUAAAUUAAAAAAAGCAGUUCGUUAUAAAAAAAUUUUAAGAUGGUCUCGUAUAUGGUGGGUAUUACUAGUCAGAGAAAUUGUAGGAAACAAUAAAGUUGAAGAGGCAACUGAAUGUAUAUUAAGAGAUAUAUGGGAUCAAUGUACUAUUUCUAUAUAUAACAAUACUUUAUAUUCUGUUGAAUCAAAACCAAUACUAUUUUUACAUGGUAUAUUAAAUGAAUGUAAAAACAGUUUUUCAACAAAAUUACGACACGAUCCAGGUUUGAUUGUAUCAAAAAUCGAUCAAAUAUUAAAAUCACAAAUAUAUAGAUUCUGGGUAUCUGAACCAUAUUUAAAAUUAGGAAGAUCUAAUACCUUUUAUGCAAAUAUUACCCAAAAGAAUGUCCCAUUAUUACCAAAAGAAUGCACAUUGAAACAUUUAUCAUCAUAUAUGGAAGAGAAAUUAAAAUCUAUGGAAUCUAAGAAGAAUAUCGAAUCAGGCAAAUAUGAAUUUGAUGUAGAUUCCGAAAGUGCUCCUAAUGAUGCAUAUACAGAAUAUGAAGAUGAUCAAUCAGAAGAAAUUUUAAAUGAUCAAUUAUUUGAAGAUCAAGAAACUGAUGCUAAUGGGGCUUAA